AUGGAGGAGCCUCAGCUUCCUACUGUGACCGAUGCCCCCACGCUGGAGGAUCGUGCCGUCGGCGAUGUUGUGGUUGCCACUAUUAAUGGCGUCUUGGAGAGCUGGGUCAAUGAGUGGUCUGGUGAGGUUGCUUCUGAGUCCUCCUCGUCUUCGACCACUUUUGUUGUCAUCCCGACCACCACUGCGGCUCCCACCGUCGAGGCCACCGCCACCCCGGCCAACGUCGAGUCGUCCGUCAGCGCGACUCCCGUUGCCUCCAGCUCCAGCUCGGGCAGCUCCUCCUGGACCACCUACCCCCAGGAUCUCUCGUUCUCUCGUGACGGUUUCGGUGGCACCAACUACAAGGUCGAGGUCCUCGGUAUCGAGUGGACUGGUAACACCGGUAUCCCUUGGGGCAGCAACAUCAUCGAGGUUGACGAGGCCGAUGCUCACAAGUACCAGUUCGUCGCCCGUUUCGAGGGUAGCGAGCACAACGACUGGACCGUCAUCUUCUGGAACAAGAAGGGCCCCAACGGAUUGAUGGACGGCUUCUUCAACCCCAACAAGGCUCUUUCCAUGACUCUGUCUCCCGGCGAGAUCAAGUACGUUGCUUUCGAUGAGGAGUCCACCGGUGGCUGGGCCGCUUAUGAGGGUGAGGACACUCCGCUCAGCGAGUACGGCAGCUACGCCGCCACCUGGGGUGAGUUCACCAUGCGUGCCGCUCCCAACUUCGCUUCUUGGGACGUCUCCUGCAUCCAGGCCCAGAACGCCGGCAAGACCAUCCAGGGAAUGAAGAUCUGCACCCACGACGGUCAGGGCUGCUCGUCCAUGGGCAACGGCGCCAGCAGCGUCAACAACGCCUACACCUCCGCCGAGACCGAUAUCAACGGCAUUGGUGGUAACGUCCAGGUCGAUGCCCUCCGUCUCGUCGUCAACCUUGACUACGCCGAGUAA